AUGUCGACGUCAUCAGAAACUUCCUUCACGGCUGAGGCAGAGGUAGAGCAAUCGACGCUCAUGAUUACUACAACAAUCUCCUCGGCUCUACCGCCUAUCGUUACGAGUCCUUCCCUUUUUGCUUCUCAAGCCUUUCUGCUGAAGAGAUCGUCGACAUCCCAUACCAUUAAAGUUGGCCCUGGCACCGAGUUCAAGUUUGAACCAGCGGUACUACCUGACGUACUCAUCGGAGAUGUCAUAUCGUUCGAGUUCUACCCUAGAGGCCACUCUGUUGCACGUGCGGACUUUGAAAAACCGUGCGUGCCAUAUGAGUCGAACGGAGCAAAUAGAGAUGGAUUCUGGUCGGGAGAACAGAUGAUUGAAACUGGGACAUCAAGUUUUGAUGUCAGCAUCAACAGCACGGAGCCCGUGUUCUUCUACUGCGCAGCAAAAGACUCUUGUCACAAGCACCUGAUGGUUGGCGUAAUAAAUCCUAAUGAGACACAAACGCUAGACAAGCAGAUCCAGGCAGCGAACAUGACGACGCACCAGCUUGCACCUGGGGAGUCAAUUCCGCUUGAAGGCGGCUUUACGACUUCGGAUUCUCCCAUCCCAGGUGGCUCUACUUCGACUCCUCGGCAAGCAGAUGCGUCGCAUGACCAUUCGCAUGGACUGUCCACCGCUGCGAUCGUAGGCAUAUCAGUCGGCGCAGGAGCUUUCUUAGUAGUUUGUGCCGCACUCUUCUUCUUCGUUGGGCGCUUGAAGUCGCUCAAGGAACUGAUCCGACAUCAUGGCCAAGGUAGUACAGCGAAGCCUCAGGGUGUGGGAGGUGUACAUCCAGAGCCGGAUUACAGGCAAUCGACAUUCUCUCAGUCGCCGCAGUCCCCACAAGGAGAGUAUCCGCCAGCCUUUGGCCGUCCGUUACCGGCGUAUGCGGGACCACAUAUCAAUAUGAAAAGAAUGCCGUCCCACAAUGACCGCAAAAGCUCGCAACCAAUGGCUGCUGAGCUGCAUUCGCCAACGCUUGGAAGGCAAGGUUUCUCAGCGGAAUUGGAGGCCUCAAAUGUAUCGUCGAAAGGGCAUGGCUAA